ACUUUUACUCGAAAGCUUUAGUUCAGUUUCUUCAGUUUCUUCAAUAACUCGUACCAAGCAGGUCGAACCGUGGUUGCUCAGUGUGAGUGCUGCAAACAAUCAAGUGAAAGCGCGUGUUCUUUGGUAGCGUUCAAUUAUUACGAAGAAAAUCUUCUGUAACAUCUAAGCUAGACAAUGGCAGGCGGCAAAGCAGGCAAGGAUUCGGGCAAAGCGAAAGCCAAGGCAGUGUCGCGUUCCGCACGAGCAGGAUUACAGUUCCCUGUUGGGCGUAUCCAUCGUCAUUUGAAAAACCGAACGACCAGUCACGGACGCGUUGGUGCUACCGCUGCCGUAUAUUCGGCAGCUAUCCUAGAAUACCUUACUGCUGAGGUUCUAGAAUUGGCUGGUAACGCUUCCAAGGAUCUCAAAGUGAAGAGAAUUACACCUAGGCAUCUGCAGCUGGCAAUUCGCGGUGACGAAGAACUGGAUAGCUUGAUUAAGGCAACGAUUGCCGGUGGUGGUGUCAUUCCUCACAUCCAUAAAUCACUCAUUGGCAAGAAGGGUGGCCCCGAAUAAGCAGGAUCCAGAUGAUGCGGAGUGGAUGCUCACUAUCAAUAUUCAAUACUGAGCGUAUUUUUUAACCUAGUUCUGUAUAAGCGGCGAAGAGGGCAAUUUUUAAUUUUUUUUUUCAUGUUUUUUUUCUGUCUGAAGCAUGGGAAUUACGAGAAUUACGAGAAGAAGAAAUCGAUGUUAGUUUUGCAUAUAACGAUCGAACGUAUUGUAUUGUGUUUAACGGCUAAAUCAUCUUCAGCACAUAUUUAUAACUAGUAAAGUUUUUACGUUCGUGUUAAAGAUGUGUUGGCGGUGUAUCGCUGCAUAUCUUUUUGUGUUUUAGACAUUAGUUCGUAUAAUAGGGUUCCACCACUGCUUUGUGUUUAAUGUGUCUCACUGCUUCCCACCUUCCUUUUCCCACCCGCUUUUCCCCUAACCCUAACAUCCGUUAAAACAUGAAUAAUUGCAGUUACUUUUCACUUCAAUUUUUUUGCUUUCUCGUGAGCAUCCCAAACUUAGACGAUAGGUUUGCAACCGAUUCCAAGACUUAGCAAACAUAUUACAUACACUAAUGCAAAUAGAACUAGAACGCAAUACGGUUAAACACUUAGGCACAGAUUUCUCGAGUCGCACAUUUUGGAAUGUACAAAGAAUUAGAUGAAAACAAAGCAUAGAGCAAAGAAAAAGGGAAAACAAAGCUAGAAUUAUUAGACUUCCUGAGACUCAAAUCACUCGUUAUGUCCCGAUUAUGAAGACUAACAGAAAACCGAACGUGUAAAUUAAGCAAAGAUUGUCAUAAACAUAUAUCCCUUAUACCCUUAUAUUAUCGAUGAAACAUCAAGUAAGCUCCUAUCGUUUAAACCUUGGAACAACAAUACAUAAAUAUGCCUUCAUACAGUUGGACGAGAAAUGAAGCCUCCUGUGUUCAAACCGUUGAUGCAGAACCGUGCGUGACCGCAAUAGCUUCAUAUAAGAGGUCUUUAAUGUUUGACAGCCCUAGGGUAUCAGGUGUAUAGCAAUCGCUAAUUAAAUACUUUUCGAAAACCAGUUCGGAAAUGCAGAAGUACGUGCGUGCGUACGUCUAGAAUCAUUGAAUAAACCAAUUUUACGAGAGAGAGAGAAAAAAAGGGAGUCGUUGGUGUCAUGCCUGCGAGAUCUCACAGUACCGAGAAGAGAGAGAAAGAGAAAGAGAGGAGGAAAGUAUAUGUGCAUCCAGAGAAUGUCAGGAUUUCCAACGCCGAGGUCUCGUCCUCCCCGAAAAUAUGGAGGCGCACUGGAAUACUUCACUUUUCACAGUAAAGAUGCAAUGAUUGACACAUUCAUUGUCAGUUAACUUUUGUAAGCUUUUUAGCAUACAAAUAAAGAAAACGAAAAUCGUAUGAACACAGUUAAGAGUUGACUUUGGUGUGCUAACUAUUAAUAUAAUCGUGUUCGAACGCAGCAGUCAGUUCAUUAAUGGAAUUGGACUGUGGAUUGGACACACAUUUCUUUAUACUGGAAAUAAAUACUGUAAUAAUAAUACAUAA